AUGACAGAUGCACUUAUAAUGGGUCAAGCGGAUCUCGAGAAUGGUACUUUGAAUUUGGAAGCAUACACUGAUUCAGUCCUCACUUACGUGUACUUCUACGCGUCACUCGGUGUUGUGAUGUUUUUCAUCGGAUUAGUAUCGAUGAGCUGUUUGUUUACGCUAUGUGAGCGUCAGGCGCAUGAAAUUAGGAAACGCUAUUUUGCUGCUCUGCUGAGACAGGAGAUGGCAUGGUACGACAAAAAUGAAACAGGCGCUCUGACCAACAAAAUGUCCGCGUACGUAUUAGCCUCAUUUCAGAGUCACCGACUGACCAAAGUGAAAAUCCUUCAUCCGUGCCGCUUUCAUGAAAAGGACGGGGUGGGGGUGAAGGGAAACCCAAAUUGGAAUGUACCAGGCUUGCCAGUGCGAUCAUACGUUCUCGCACCACAUUUGAGGUACUAA